GCCUACUUUGUCAUUAUGGCUGAGUAUGGCUUCAAAUGGGACCUAUUGUUUGGUCUGAGAAAGGACUGGGAUUCCAAAGGUGUCAAUGAUUUAGAGGAUUCAUACGGACAGGAAUGGACAUAUAAAGCGCGAAAACAAGUGGAGUACACCUGUCACACGGCAUACUUCGUGUCCAUAGUUGUGGUCCAAUGGGCUGACCUCAUCAUCUGUAAGACCCGACGCAACUCCGUAAUACAACAAGGAAUGAGGUUCUCGUGGUGGUUCAUAGCAUUGCCUUUCUCGCUAUUGAUAUUCAUCUACGACGAGGUCCGGCGGUUCUUAAUUCGUCAGUACCCGGGCGGUUGGGUAGAGCGCGAGACCUACUAUUAA